AAAAAAUUGUCUUUUAAAUAAUAAAUUUUUCAAAUAAUUUAAAAGAAAGAAAUCAACUAUGCUUUGUUGAAAAUGCAAUUCACGUAUAAAACUCUUCUGAGGAAUGUAGCAUUAGGAACGUGAAUUUCGUUUCAAGUCUCGCUCGGAAUUCUUAUCUCGCCCGAAACGAAGAUCAAUCGCGAAUCUAGCUACAACCAUGAUAUAGAAAGGUUAAUCGGAAAUCAUGACGUAAAGUAACAUCGUGCAUAAAAUUAUCUGUUCGCUCAAUCAGUUUGCGAGAUAAAAUUUCAAAAAUUUCUUAGUUGUUUGACUUUUCCAUUAUUUCUCACGUGUAAUAGCACUCGGUUGUGCCGCGGCGACAAAUGGGGCGAUGUACGCGAAAGCGCAACGUUAUCGGAGCGCACAAUCCGUCGUGUCGCGUUUAUACCGACAAUUCAUACACUAUCUUAAUCCGAGCUGGAAAAGCCCUAAGUGUAGACCAAUUACCGAGCAAUUUUAUAAAAGUAAUCCGACACGCUGCAAACACGACGGUGACAAUGGCGAUAGGAAGGAUAACGUGCUUAACAUGAUCAAUAACCAGUACUUGGAUCACAUUUACAAGGCAUGGCUCGAGGAUCGAAAAUCCGUGAGCUCCUCGUGGGACUCGUAUUUUAAAUUGAUCCACGCGAAAAGCCCUAAGGACUCUCGCGCCAAGCCCAGUUCGAUCCGCGUCAGUUCGUCUCCUAAGUUAAUGACGUCGAACUUAGAAGGAGGGCAAUCAGGCAAGAAGUCCGUUCGAGAGAAAUCAAACAGUCAGAUGCAGGGGGAUCAAUAUAUAAUCGGCGCACUCGAUAUCAAUGCCACGAUCCGAGCCUAUCAAGCACGUGGCCAUUUGAUAGCCGACACCGAUCCGUUGGGCAUACAGAAUUCGGAGUCGGCAAAGUUGCAGGGCACCGCGAAUCUGCCACCCGCGAUUGUGGUGCGGCAGCAUCUCAAGGGAAUGACGGAGGCGGACAUGAACAGGGAAUUUCCUCUCGCGUCACUGACCGUUAUCGGGGGCGAUAAGAGGAGCUUGCCGCUUCGGGAGAUACUGACGAGGCUCAACAAGAUUUACUGCGGUCACUUAGGUCUCGAGUACACGUACAUUCAUGACCUCAAUAUGUUAGAUUGGUUGAGGGAGAAGUUUGAGAUACCAGGCGCCUGGGAAUUGCCCGCGGAGCACCGGAAGUGGGCUUGGAUGAAUAUUAUGAGAGCCGUGAGUUUCGAGAACUUUUUAGCAAAGAAAUACGGAACUGAGAAGAGAUUUGGGUUAGAAGGCUGCGAAUCGUUCAUUCCGGCCAUGGCGGAAUGCAUGGAAACAUCUGCACUAAAUGGAGUCGGAACUAUAGUUAUCGGUAUGGCGCAUCGCGGUCGUCUAAAUACUUUGGCGAACAUCUGCUCGAAACCGAUGAGCCAGUUGUUCACUCAGUUCAACCCGAUCGCUCUUGAGGGAUUCGGUUCCGGUGACGUGAAGUAUCACCUCGGGACGCAUUCGGAGAAAUUAUUAGAAAGAACCAAGAAGAAAGUGCUUCUCGCCAUAAUGGCGAAUUCCUCCCAUUUGGAAGCAAUCGAUCCGGUCAUAGUUGGUCGUGUUCGCGCUGAGCAAGUCGAGAAAGGUGACUCUAAACACGGUAAAAAAUCGUUGGCUAUACUGGUUCACGGUGACGCCGCUUUUGCCGGCCAAGGUGUCGUUUACGAAACGAUGCAUCUUACUAAUUUGCCAGAGUACACAACGGGUGGCGUCAUACACAUCGUAAUUAAUAAUCAAAUUGGUUUUACAACUGAUCCAAGAUAUUCACGAUCCAGUGCGCAUUGUACGGAUGUCGCACGUGUCGUUAACGCUCCCAUUUUUCACAUACAUGCCGAUGAUCCCGAUUUAGCUACUUAUUGCAGUAAGGUGGCCAGUGAAUAUCGGGCUACCUUUCAUAACGAUGUAGUAUUGGACAUUGUUGGAUACCGAAGAAACGGUCACAACGAGAUGGACGAGCCGAUGUUAACUCAACCGCUCAUGUAUAAACGAAUAAAAAAUCACCCCAGUGUUCUAUUCAUAUACACCGACAAACUGCUUAAGGAGGGCGUGAUAACGGAAGCUUUCGCAAAGGAGGAAAUAGAAAAGUACGUGAGCCAUUGCGAGGAAGAAUUCAGAAAAGCGCAGACCAUCAGCUCGAUGCAAAUGAGCGACUGGCACGACUUGCCCUGGACCGAAUUCUUCUCGAAUCAGACUCCGAAAAACAAGAUACCGCCAACCGGUAUCGAUAUCGCGACCAUUAAGACGAUAUGCAGUGCUAUAUCCACUCCCCCGAAGGAUAUCGAGGCGCAUGUUCAAGUGCUGAGGGCGAUGGACAGGCGAGCGAAACUCAUGGAGUCUCGACAGGUCGAUUGGGCGAUGGGGGAGUGCCUGGCCUUCCUCAGCCUGUUGAAGGAGGGUCAUCAUGUCAGAUUGUCCGGGCAGGACGUGGAGCGUGGCACCUUCACCCAACGGAUACACAUCAUUCACGAUCAGAGCAGAGACAAGCUCUACAAGAACAUCCUGCGCGACGUCUUCCCGAGACAGGCUCUGUACACCGUCACGAAUUCGUCACUGUCGGAAUACGGCGUGUGCGGGUUCGAACUGGGAUACUCAGCGUACAAUCAUAAUACUCUGACACUCUGGGAAGCACAGUUCGGCGACUUUGCCAAUACCUGUCAGGUUAUACUAGACUGCUUGCUAUGCUCCGGACAAGCCAAAUGGGGCAGACAGGUAGGAUUGGUACUGUUGCUGCCGCACGGUUUGGAGGCUCAGGGACCGGAACACUCGUCCGCCAGAUUGGAAAGAUUUCUUCAGCUGUGCGACGACGAGGGUACUCACGUGCCCGGAACGGAGCCCGGUGCUCCCACCGGUGAGACCGUCGAGCAAAUCAUGACGAGACAGAUUUUCGAAAUAAAUUGGAUCGUCUGCAAUCCCACGACACCUGCCAAUCUGUUUCAUCUUCUGCGUCGACAGAUAUUGAUGCCGUUCCGCAAACCGUUGGUUAUUAUGACCCCUAAAUCAUUGUUGCGUCACCCGAUGGCGAUAUCGAAUUUCGAAGAGAUGGGACCUGGUACGAGCUUUAAACAUAUUAUACCGGAUCCUUCCGCGAACCCCGGAAUCGUGAAGAAGGUGUUACUCUGUACCGGGAAAGUAUACUACGAUCUGAUCGUCGAACGACAGGAACGACAGUUAGAAGAUAAGAUAGCGAUUAUUAGAAUUGAACAACUCUGUCCUUUUCCAUAUCAUUUGUUCGCAGCGGAAAUGGCAAAAUAUCCGCGAGCAAAAAUCAUGUGGCUGCAAGAAGAGCACAGGAAUCAAGGCGCUUAUUGUUAUGUGAGAGAUAGGAUAGCCUUAGCCUUGGGCAUUCCAUUGGAGGACAUCAAGUACGGUGGCCGCUCUGCUUCGGCUGCGCCAGCGACCGGUAGCAAGAUUAUUUAUAAGAACGAGCACGAUAGCAUGAUGGCAAUCGCGAUGAAGAUUGAUGACUGAUUAGUCCCAUGUUUCUGCCAUGUUAGAAACUUUUUUUUCGGGAAAACGAUAUCUAUUGUGUAAAACGACGUAUAUUGUGAGAAAAUGUACUUAUAGCGUGAAAUGUAUCGUAAAAAGAAAAA